UCUGCGGCAAGUACGGAGUUUAGAUCCAGUGCUGUUCUGGACUGAUGCAGGAAUAAAGACGGCAACCAGUCGUGAAUGUUAAACACAUAGACGCCGACUUAUAAGUUAAAAAAUCUUGCGAGUAAAUGGGAUUCAACGUCUUCCGAACAGAAUGUAAAGAAUUCCUUGAAGGAUGUGGGGAAUUAAAGGCUCGUGUGCUGCGCUGUUAUUGUUGUUUUUGGCUUAUAUCUCCGUGUCCUCGGUUAAUGCCGAGAGGCAACAAAGCAUACGUCUUUAUACUGAGGCUCUGGCAGUGAUGCAGGACGGAGGAAUAUUAAUGAAGAGAGCAAGUGACAUUUCCUCACCAUUAUGAAAAGAACACAGUUUCAAACACAGAAGCAACAGAGGAAGCAGACAGUUUAUCUGCUCCGCUCAAUGUGACCAUCAAAGCACUGGAGGGGAACUCAGCGAUAGUUACAUGGGACAUUCUGGAGGGAGACCCAGUCAUUGGGUUCGCCAUCACCCAGCAGAAAAAGGACGUUCGUAUGCUGCGAUUCAUCCAGGAAGUGAACACCACCACUCGUUCAUGUGCAUUAUGGGACUUGGAGGAAGACACAGAGUACAUUGUCCAUGUGCAGUCCAUUAGCAUGAGCGGCACAAGCCCCCUUAGUGAACCUGUUUUGUUCCGCACUCCCAAAGAGUCAGAGAAACUGGCCUCCAAAAGUCCAGAUGAAGUGACCAUGGAGGAGGUUGGCCAGGCCGCCCAGCUCAGGGCUGGAGAGCUCAUUAUCAUUGUGGUGGUUCUCGUCAUGUGGGCAGGUGUGAUAGCUCUGUUCUGCCGCCAGUAUGACAUCAUCAAAGACAACGAGCCCAACAAUAACAAGGACAAAGCCAAGAACUCGUCAGAGUGCAGUACCCCAGAGCACCCUACGGGGGGACUACUGCGCAGCAAGGUCUAAUUACGCCUUCCCCUGUCGGCAAUAAUAGGCUUUAGCCUCAGGACAGUGCUCUGAGACAUAACAAGUAAGCCAUCAGAUCACAAAGUUGUGAAGUCCUCCUCUCAUCCUCAAUCAAACGACCUUUUAGUAUUCCCAUCGACCAACAUGAACUCUUUGGUGCUUGUCUGUUUGGCACACUGACACAAACUUGAGGACGAAAUGGACAAGAUGGUUCCAGAAAUGGGAGCUUGAGCCGUUUGAUGCGAGUUGUUGAAUUUCGAUCCACGGCUGCCUCAGCUGAAGGACUCAAACGCCGCUGUGAGCUGGAAAAUCAGAGACGCCGCGCCACCAGGAGUGUCUUCGGCUCCUGUGUAGACUCACAGAGAUAAGGAGAAACCUGCCACCCCGCAUAAACCCCAAAUAAACCAGGAAGGUGUGUUGUGAAAGAAGCAAGAGCAUUUUUCCGAGCUCACCGUCAUUAUCAGCUCCGAACCAGGAUCAGGUCUCUGACAGGGAUGACAUUACGAUACUUCACUAUCUCUCCAUACUCGUCGCUAUUUUGUGUAUUCGGUUCCUUCUUUCUCACUUGUAGUUUCGAUUUCUUUACUCCAUUAUUCUCCCUCCAGCAGCCAAUCAUGGACAGUCUGGCUAAUUUGAUGUGGUUUAAUUGGUGCGGUGGGAUCUUUCUUCUCAGCACUCUCGCUCUCAGGGCAUUCAGGAAAACGAUGGACCACAUCGGCCGCGUCGCAUUCACCUACCUGCGGCCCAAUCACAGCGAACUGCACAUCAGCCAUUGACGAUGAAGAGCUCCAUAUUAUAAUAGUGAUAGAAAACGUAUUUAACCGCUUGUGUGUCUCAAGUAAAUCAACAGCUUGCUGUCUCUAAUGAGCACAUUAAUGUACAGUGAUGGUUAUUUUGGUCCUCAUAUUACAAUCAUUAGUAUAUUGGUCACGAGUAUGGCUAUUAACCACUUUUAUGUGCCACUAUGAAAUAGAGUUGGGUGCCUUUUUUCUACAGGCUUUUCUUUUAGAUUUCUUUCCCUUUAAACAAUUCAGUCUUAAAGUCGACAUGAAAUCAAAGCGGACCCUAUUUACUUUCAUACUACACCUUCCAAGUCUUAUUGGGAGUGAUUGUUCUGAUUCUUCUUCCAGAGUUAAAAAUAAGCUUUUUUGCAAUCCAUUCAAUUCUUGAUUGAUAAUCCCAUCCUUUUUUUUUUUCUUACUGGUUCAGUAUCAUUUUUAAAGGUAGGGUAGGUGAUUUCAGAGAGGCUAGCAAUAGCAAGUUAGCUUUGAAAGCAUAAGAUCCCACCCUCCCUGCAAAUCACUCUCCAAAGCCACACCUCCUCCAAAAUACACGAACACAGACCAGAGGCUAAACAGCGACACGAUGAGGGAUGAAUGCAGUGCUGUCAGAUUAGCUCAUGUCUCAUUCAACGAUGAGAAAACAUUACAGCACAAAGCGCAUAAUAUUACUAUAACGCCUUCCAUUCUCGCUCGCUCUGCAGUAGCGUAAUGGACUGCACUGAUGACAAAUCAUGUCUGUGCAAACAGGGUGUGCAAAUACAUGCGUUGACAGGCAGGUAAGAUAGUCUAUCAUGCCCCGCAGACUGAGGGAUAUGAUUAGACUAACAUUUCAUGGUCCUACACCUUCCACAGACGAUACAAAUACAUAUAAAUACAUUUAGAUCACUUAACUUAAUGAUUGCUAUCGGCAUGUGAAGAGACUUUCAACCAGCAUAACAAAAAUGGUUUUGAAUGAAAUCACCUACCCUGCCUUUAACAUCUAAAUAUGUCACAUUUAUAUGUGUGUAUAUAUAUAUAUAUAUAUAUAUAUUAUUAUUAUUUUUUUUUUUUUUCUCCUCUGGUACAUGGCAGGUUGGAAAAAACAAGAUAUCAGCCACGAAUUGAGAAUUUGUUUCCACAUUUAAUUGAAUCAUGGUCACAUUUUUCCUAAAUUAAAACAAGUGCACAAAUGAGUAAAACGUGGGAAAUAAUUCUUAAUUAUUGGCCAUGAUAUCUGUUUUUUUUUUUUUUUUUCUCCAGCAUUUUAUAUAUGGGACUGCAUGAAUUGUACACACUUUUUUUGAUAGUCAUGGUUAUUUGUUAUUUUUCAAAUUUAUUAAUUAAUUUGAGCAAUUUUUAUAUAAAAUCACUUCUAAUUUCUGUUGACAAUUUAGUUGACAAAAAUAGCAAAAGUUAAACCAAAUAUUCAAACAUUUUAUAUAUGAUCAUCAGAUGAUUACUUCACCGAAUAGGAAGGGGUAAGUAUAUUAAACUGCUAGCAAAGCACUUCAGUUUACUUGUUUUCAUUCAGCUGAUCUGAAUUAGAUUUUUCUAAGAUUUGUGUUCCUCAAAAUAAUUGUUAGUUCAAUGGUAACAUUCUGUGAUGUUUUUUUUUUAAUAAUUUCCAGUCAUUUUUAGGUAAAAAAUUAUCCAUUCAACUAUCAUCAUGAUGCACAUUUUUCAUCUUUUUUUUUUUACCCACUAUUGUAGAGAAAAUUGUAAAAAAAAAGCUCUUUGUAAACAAACAUUUUGUCAGUAAUUUGGUUGACAAGAUCACAUUACAAAAAUAAAAAAGGUUGUGAGCACAUUUCAUGUCGACUUUAAAUUCCCUCUCAUUAAGAAGCAUAAUUUACAAGAAGUGUUCUUUUUGACAAUUCAAGUGAAAUGUACA